CAACUUGGCCCCACGCGGGACCCGAAGUGUCGGGGCUGAGCCCUUGGGCACAGCUGUAGGGCGCAGGGGCGUGCUGCCCCCUCCCCUGCCUUUGGGCUCGACCCUCCCAAGGGUGAGUUGGGUGGUGCUCCCGUUGCCCUCUCCCCGCCACUUCCUCUCUCAGGCGCCUCGGAGCGGGCACGGAGCUCUUCCCAGCCACUUCCAAGCAUGGAGGCAGAGACCUGGUCCGGGAAGCCCACCGUGCCGUGGCCGGGCGAUGCGGGCAGUGCCAGCCCCAGCCCCGACUCCCUGCGGGUCCUGAACGGCAGCCGGGAGAAGGAGGAGGAGGAGGAGGAGACGUCUCCCCCGUUCCUGACCGACGCCUGGCUGGUGCCCGUCUUCUACGCCCUCAUCAUGCUGCUGGGGCUGGUGGGCAACGCGCUGGUCAUCUAUGUCAUCAGCAAGCACCGCCAAAUGCGGACGGCCACCAACUUCUACAUCGCAAACCUGGCUACUACUGACAUCAUAUUCUUAGUAUGCUGUGUGCCCUUUACUGCCACGCUCUACCCUCUGCCCAGCUGGGUGUUUGGGGACUUCAUGUGCAAAUUUGUCAACUAUUUGCAGCAGGUGACAGUACAGGCUACAUGCAUCACCCUUAUGGCUAUGAGUGUGGACCGCUGCUAUGCCACACUGUAUCCACUGCAAUCAUUGCGUUAUCGAACUCCACAGGUUGCCAUGGCUGUCAGUAUUGCUAUUUGGAUUGGUUCCUUCAUUCUUUCAUUACCUAUGGCUGUGUAUCAUCGCACCGAAGUUGGCUACUGGUAUGGUUUGCGGACCUACUGCAUUGAGGCCUUCACCAGCAAGAGCCAAGAGCGCUGCUUCAUUCUAUAUACUUUCCUGGCUGUUUAUCUGUUGCCCCUGCUGACAAUCUGCCUCUGCUACACCAUCAUACUCAAGCGCAUUGGGAGACCUGUGGUGGAACCUGUGGACCACGAUUACCAGCAGGUGCAACAUUUGUCCGAGCGCUCAGCUGCCAUGAGAGCCAGGAUUUCCAAGAUGGUCGUGGUGAUUGUGUUGCUGUUCACAAUUUGCUGGGGUCCUAUCCAGUUCUACUUGCUCUUUCAGGGCUUCUAUCUUCAUUUCCAGGCCAACUAUGAGACCUAUAAGAUCAAGACAUGGGCCAAUUGCAUGUCAUAUGCCAACUCUUCCCUCAACCCCAUUGUCUACGCUUUCAUGGGAGAUAGUUUCCGCAAGUCUUUCAAGAAAGCUUUUCCUUUCCUGUUUCGUCAGCGUAUUCAGGACAAUGGUGGGCAUUCAGGCUCCCACAAUGCAGAAAUGAAAUUUGUCACUGAACAGACCUAACACAUUGUAUGAUGAAGAAUUCUUGUUGGUUUGGACUGCCCAAGGAUACUAA